UUUUUUUUUUUUAGUAAACACCGCGACUCGAAGCCCAAGGAACGCAACCUCGUUUCCCUUCGUCUCCUCCUCUAUGGCACGGCUGGGGGCGUUAUAGCAGGGGAAAAAACGAGAGCCAGACUUCGUAAGGGAACGCCAUAAGAGGAUACCACUAGCAGCAUCUAGUAUCUUGCAUUAGAGAGAGAGUGAGAGGAAGGGACAGGGAGGAAGCAAUAAAACAGGUGUGGCACUACAAUGAGUUUUUCUGAAGUACGAACCAUGGGAGGCAGUGUAGGUACUGGUGUAGGCAUGGGGGCAGCCAACCUGGGGCACCUCCCUGUUGAGGAAGUGGACCAGGCUGUUGUUCCUCCACCUCCCCCUCCUGUGGCAGCACCAGCACCACCACCUGCUGUGGGAGCACCCAUGUUCAGCAGUUUCCAGACAGCCUCUCUCUCCUCCUCUCCGGCAGGUUUCCCCCCCAUCUCACGUCCAAACAUAGGCAGCAUGUGGGGUAUUGGGGGCUUCACCUCACCAGCCCUCCCCACCCCACCCGCAGUCACCCCAAACACCAUAGCAUCAACCCUUGGAAAUCCCCAGAUGCCCAGUGUGACCUUCUUCAAUUCCAGAGCGCCAAUGGGCUUCAAUUUUAGAAUGGCUGGGUCACACUUAGGCACUCCUUAUGUUUACAAGCGGAAGCCAGAGGACGAGCUAGAAGAGGUCAAACCUGUGGUGAAGCAACACAUAACAGAAGAGAAGAUGUCAGCUCACCUGAAUGCUCUUCAUUUGUCCGAGAGUUAUUGCAAUCAUAAACUAGGAAAGAAGGGUUUGCCUAGUGAAGCAGAACUUUCUGAAGAUGCUGAUGAGGGUCUAGGCCACUUUGGGGAAGAUCAGGAGGGGAUGCUGCUGGAUGCCAAAGGCCCGAUGCGUCUCAUCAUAUCUGACGAGGUGAAGCAGGUUGUGCCUGGAGAAUCACAGCUCCCUGCUUCAUUAUUAAAAAAAUUAACACAGCCUAGCAUGGAGGUGGUACUAUGGAGACCUCCCGGUGACGUUAUAAGAAAUAUCAUAUCAACAAAUGUUGGUCUAGAAGAUAAGAAUGGAGAAACCAACACAUCAGAACCUGUCGAUUCAUCUGACUCUGCCUCCACCUCUUCUUCUGCUCCUGCUGCUGCUGCUGCUGCUGCUGCUCCAGAUUCUGCGCAGAGGGGCGAAACCUCAGCCAGCAGCUCCCCAGACUCUGGGAUCUCAGUGUCGUCCCCACCUCCAUCCCUGUCCUUCUUGGGCCAACAGUCAUCUCUCGUUUCACCAUUCACCAGUGCAGGUUCAGUGUCAGCUGAGGCAGGUGAUGACUUACUCUCCCUGCCCUCCACAUCAUCUGGCUCACGGGGAGGUGGAUAUUUACCCCCUCUGCGGAGACCGGCAAGCCCCCUGCCUGAUCCCAUGGCUGAUGAUGAUUUCUCUGAGCGUAUGGAGUUCAACAAUAAUAAUGGCAAUGCACCCAAUUUCAUGUGGUUAGAAGAGAACAACAACAGUGCAUUGAUUGACCUAAAUGCAGUUGAGCCACAGAGAGCUCCCCUGCUGGAUGACCUACCUGAUUUGCCAGACUCAGAUGAUAUGGAUUUAUAACACUGAGGAGAGGGGAGGAUGUGUGCUUAUCAGUGUGUGUUAAGAGAUGAAGCUUUCAUGCCUCCUUCCCGUGGUUUCCUGUGUAUGUGUAUGUGAAAUAACCUGUUGGGUACCUGCUGGUAGCAAAGAUUAAAGUACAAAGUGCUUGACUUUGCGUGUUGCAUGUAAGAAAUAUAUGCUGGAAUAUAAUAUAGGACUAAAAUAGUGAGAUGAACAUUUUUAUGUCUCUCUGUCAAGGUACCCAUAGAAUCAGAAACUUGAUGUGCAAAUCAUCUAGCUCUGCUGUACAGUCUUGUGAGAUAUAAAGAGACAACAUAUGGUUUCAAGCAUUCAUUGAUCAUAACACAUUUCAUUCAUGAUUGGAUGUCCCAUAAUCCUCUGACAUACUGUGUUCUAUUCCAAAGGAGGUUAUGCGAGUUCCAACUGUCUAUGAUCUGCUUUAUAAGUUAUAGAAUUUUUGAAGAUUUUGUUUAUGUGCAGUAAACUAAAAAAUUCUAGUCUUUGGAACACUGUCAAUCUCAUUCACAUUUGAUGAAACCCUGAUUGUUGCUUGUUAAGAAGUUCAGAAAUGUGUUUUAAGAUUUUAGCACUUGCCUGCAGGAAAUGCUCUAGGAAAUUUCAUUAAGCUACAUGGACACAUGAAUAUUUCAUUUUUGUUAUGAUUUAUUCAUUUUUAAAUGUUCUCUCAAUUUCUGCAGUCAUUUAAAAGAUACAGGGAAAGUUGGAGUGAAUUUCACAAUUGCAUAGGAAGGUGUCCCAUAUGAUUGUCUUUAUCUUGUCUUGAUAACAAAAAAAUAUUGUCACCUAUACCUGAUAAAAUUAGGUAUAUUGCACCAUUAUGUUUUUAAUGGGUGUAGGAUCCUCAUCUCUGUAGUUAAGUUUACAGUUGUUUGUUCUCUCAACAUGGGCAGCUCUUUCUCCCUUUGGUCAUAGCAACUGUUAUGUUUUUUUACAAUAUGCAGAAUUGUUCAGUUAAUUGUCCUCAAUAUGUUAUUGUCUUGUUUAUUCACAUUACAUAUUGUCAUGCUGAUUAUGAUAAAUUGUUAUACUCCAUUUCUAUAGAUUCUCAACCACCUGUAGAUUUUUAAUUCAACUUAACAAAGCAUUACUUGGGAAAACAAAAUUUGUUUGGUUGUGAUAUAUAUAUAUAUAUAUAUAUAUAAUAUGUUUGACUACUGGUUGACAUUGCUGCCUAGAUAUGGGAAAAGGGUCAGAAGUUUUAUCUUUUAUUAAAAGGAAUAGGUUUGCACUGAAGGAAAUCAAAUUAUUGGAUUAUUUUUAUUUCUAUAGCCAAAAAUAAGCCUGCUUGAUUUCCUUAAAAGGAAAAUUCUUAAUUGUUGCAAGAAAAAAUUCUUGACAGAUGAACAAGAGCUAAGCUAGCUACUCUUGAGUUGCUACAUAGGUCUUUGUUUGAAGAAAAUUAGUAUGUAUACAGUCAUUUGAUCAAGUCAUUGAAUACAGUCAUUUGAUCAAGGAAGUGAAUCUUGAAUUUUUAUCUUUGGCAGUCAGGUGAAUGGUGAAUGAAUCUAGUUAAAUGAUAGUAAAAUAAAUAUUCUACUUAAAAAAAAAGACAAGUCAGAGUACUGAUUGUAUGAUUUCUUUCAAGUGAUUCAUUCUGUAGAAAUAAGCUAAAGCAUGAUGCAAGAUCUGUGAUAUUUUAAAGAAUGACUGUAUGCAUAUGUUUUAUAUUUUAGUUCUGAUUUUGCACUCUUUAGUACUUUGAACUACUAAUGCCUAUUAGCCGUUGACACGAGACAUUUUUAAAGAGUAACACUUUAGUUAAGGUAGAAGCAUCAUAGCAGUGUACCAGUAUUAUCUUAAUUUUUACUUUUAAACUAAAUAGUUUUUUUUCUUUCUCUCUUUUUUUGUGAAAGAUUGUAAUAGUUGUUCAUAUUGUCACAAGAAAGAUCCCUAUACUUUUGUUGUAAAGAUGUGAUCAGUAUUAUAUUAAUUUUGUAUCAGAUUCAAUUAAAAAAAAAAAAAAAAAAAAAAAAAAAAAAAAGGAAAUUCCCCAAAUAAUAUCCUGAAAUUGAACUUGAUGGAAAAUCAGUAAUAUUAUAUCCAUCUGCGUGCUUUGUGCAUGUUACUUCAAUUUUUUAUUUUAUUAUUAUUAUUAUUAUUACUAUUAUUAUUAUUAUUAUUUUUUAGUUUUAAAAGGAUAAAAAGUGUAUCUUUGCACUUUUUUGUUAUAUAUAAUUUAUUCUUUUAUCUUAUUUUUACUUCUCAGGUUUGAUUACAGGCCAAAUAAUAAACAAAUUGAAAUUAAUA